GCUAUCUGAAGUGAGUUUUUCUAUUAUGAGCUCCGAUUCGAACAAUUUGGUUUUAAAACGCAUCGGGACCUAUGAUCUGACCGGAAACCGGCUUGGCAAGGGAAACUUUGCCUACGUGGAGUUAGCGACGAACCGCAUCACCAAUAGCAAGGUUGCUAUGAAAGUCAUAGAUACGCGGAAGAUCAAGGACGAUUACGUUAAGAGAAACAUCCUCCGAGAAGCCCGGCUCUUAAAGAAAGUCAACCACCCGAACAUAGUUCGACUUUACGAGACUCUCAAACAGCACUCGAUUUACUGCAUCGUGACGGAGUAUGUUUCUGGCGGCGAGUUAUUGACCCAUUUACGAAGUCAGCCCGAGUCGAAAUUGAGCGAAUCACAAGCCAGGCCAAUUAUGAGGCAGCUUAUAUCGGCGCUGCAUCACAUGCACGAAAAUGGAAUCGUUCAUCGGGACCUAAAAAUGGAAAAUAUCCUUCUGGAUGAAAGUAAAAAGAAUAUCAAGAUAGUAGACUUUGGCCUGAGUAACAUUUGUCAAGGUGACACGCUUCUCAAAACACAGUGCGGCUCCCCAGAGUAUGCUGCACCAGAAUUGUUCAAGCAUGGUUGUCGAUAUGGCAAAGAAGUAGAUUUAUGGAGUCUAGGCGUUGUUAUGUAUGGGAUUGUCAUUGGAAGGCUGCCAUUCAGAAGUCCUUACUUUGGCAGCAGAGGUCGAAGUGAACUACUGGACCAAACGUCUCGCGGGCUCAGUUGCACGCACAUCAAAUAUCUGGUGCUUCUAACACCACAUUGCCGUGAUCUGCUAAGAAAACUCCUAGAGCCCAAUCCUCGGAUACGUUCGCCCCUUUCGGACGUGAUGGUCCACCCCUGGGUAACUGCGUAUGGGACCGCACCAUUGGUGCCAAACACUGAGCCACUUAUAGACGAGCGACUGCGAGAUAAGGCUUUAAGUAGAGCGUCCCAGCUCAUCAACAUGGAUAAAGCUAAGAUUGCCUUCCACGUUCAUCAGAAGAGAUAUGACGCCGUGUCAGGUGUCUAUAAUCUGCUCUUGGAUGAAGAGAAGAAAAACGUACUUUCGUCAAACAACUGUGCUGGCGGUGUUAACAGUGAUCAAGGGAAUUCGUUCAUACGGGUAUUCAUCAAUGCUGCCUCGUGUGAUGGCCAGGAGGAUGGUUCCCAGUCCCAUGAAAGUGAAAGCUCGACCGAUUCUGACGGUCAGGAUUCACACACCGGGCCCGACUGGGACCAAGCGCCAACGCGAAAGCUUCUAGACCACAAACCUAAAUGUUUUAGAGAAAGCAAGCCUGUCGAACGAUAUUUGAAGGGCCUCAGGAUCAGAGGGCGUCCACUUUGCUGCGCUCAAUCGAUGUCGACCAGAAGACAGUCCUACAUGAAAACACGACCCAAAACAGCCCUCACAGGGAAAAAUGCAGCCGGAGAGACACUAUCGUUCCGUAAGAAAGGAAUUAGGAGUGUACCUGCUUGGCAAAGAAUUCGUAAAACCAGAUGUAAAUCAUGUAUUCCGCGAUUUACGCCUUCAAUUGACAGUGAGGUGAAAGGGACACAGGUUGUUAUGUCCCCCCGGAUAAGACCGGAGACCAAGCUAUUGGCUUCCCAACCUCCGCAACCGGAAACAAAAAUUCAGCCUUCGGAAAAGUUUGGAAGUAGCGGAAGUCAUUCGGUAGAUGUUAAGGAGGGUGUUAAACCUGGUGUUAAACCUGUUAUCAAACCUGGUGUUAAACCUGGUGUUAGUGCCUCAGAGAGAAAUUGCGCACAAUCAAAGAAGGAUGCCGGAGACAUUCAAAACGAAAAGUUCGAAGCGAUUCUCAAGAACAAAGCAGACAUGAACACGACAAUACAAACGGAGUACCAUUUCAAGAUUACUUCUGGAGAUACACAAAGCACAAAGUCGACUGUAGCCGAGGGUGAAAACGCUCUGCAAAUGCUGCCAAUGAACCAAAAGUUUUCUCCUCCAAAGAAUUCAUUCCGGUCCCCAAAAAGUGGGAGCAAGAUGUCCCCUUCAUCACUAGCACAAUGUAUCAACAGAGCAGUGUCGCCUGUGAGAACAUGUCAGUUUCUAGAUCUUGCUGAUUAUUACAAGCGCGUGCCACAGCCUCCAAAAUCACGAAGUGCUCCACAACAAGGUGCAUCACGGAAUCCGCACAAAGAGGAAAAAAGGGAAGAAAGAUGUGAUAGUUUUUCUGCUGCUUACCAGUCCUACGUGAAGAACAAGAAAACACCGCAACAUCCCCGCCAGUUCUUAAUGCAGGCGCAGGAAAUUCUUCAACCUGAGUCCAAGUUUCACACCAAAUAUGGCAGGAGACUUGGUACUGAGAACAGCAACACCAACUCAGACUCAAGUAAACAGCCUGAGAAUCAGGAGUCACGCAACAGUGACGAAAACAUCGUGACGCACGACCAAAACAACGAGACUCACACGAAAGCGAACUUCCAGCCCGGCAUACACAGGUAUCUCAAAGGAAUGUCCUUACUCAGAGAUCAAAGGGAAGUAACGGAGUCCGCUAUUAAUCGUGAGGAAAAUCUUCGUGAAAAGAAAACUGUGUCGAGUUACGAACGGCCAGCUGGACCAGACCUCUCGGUUGAACCUUACUUUCAUGACGACAGACCAACCAACACCAAUAUGGAUAAGGUGAGAGUUGGUACAGAUGGCCACAGUAAUACCAGUCAGGACAGUCGAGUAAUAGAGACUAAACUACGGCCGCAACAAGAGGAAUCCCUUAAAAGGCAAAAAGAGAAGGAACUGCUCGAAGACCAGGAGAGAGAGCGAGCCAAGCUCCUGCAAGAAAUCGAAGAUCAAAAACGGAAACAGAUCAUAAUGGAAUAUUUGGCAAACAAGUACACGCGCAACCCUGCUCCACCGUGCGGUGUUGGAGGUCAAUCUAAUGCUCGACCUAACAACGUCCCUAAACAAAGCCACGCCCAUUCCAUGCUCACUCGAUCAUUAGACGGACAGAGUUCCGAAAUACUCAAAGUGAUCACAAAACCAGUUCCUAUCUUACAGAUUACAAAGGGAUCCCAGGCGGAAAAGAAAAUUGUUUUUAGGGGCCCAAAUGAGUCUACAGGAACGAACGAUGUGAGGUUCCAUAACGAGUGGAACAAUAGUGUAUUCACAAAGUACAUCAACACUUCUGAUGGUGGUGCAGAUAAGGGGACAGAGCAGGACAAAUGUAAGCAGAUGAAUGACCCCAGCAACUGGAUAGAACAGCAUCUAAACGGUGUAAUCGACGACGCAACUGUAAGAAGAGAUUUUCGCCACUAUCAACAACCAAUCCCCAGAGAAACGUGAGCAAUACGUCAAUAAGUGUAGCGCACGAUGUUCUUACGCUUCAUACCUUUGUUACUGCAAUUUUUUAAAAUAAAAUUUGCGAGGUGAAAACCAUUUUAUCGAGGUAAGACACAACAAAACCUGAUACCUCGCAAAGAAUUUUUUAACAUGCUCUAUCGUGAGAUCUCAAUCAAAGAAUAUUCAAAUGAAAUUGCGAUUGCAAUACUAUUUACUAGCACUCUACUAAAAUUUCUGUCUGGAAACUUGACCUCUGGCCGAACAUAUGAAAUAGUUUUGUAAAAUAAAACAGACCAAAGAAACUAUGAUUAACAUAACUAAAACUAUAAAACAUUACAUUUAACAUGAAUACACAGAAACAAAAUCCAAA